AUGUCUCCCCGGUCUUUAAACGCGUUGAUUGCUACGGCGUUGGCUGUGGCUGGCGUUUAUGCUGGGCCCUGCAAGCCAUCGCUGGCAUCGUCAUCUAUCAUCUCUUUCUCGAGUGCAUCCUCCAGCGCGGAGACACUGUCAACUACUGAGGCACUGUCAUCGACUGAGACACAGACUACAGCGGGCCUUCUGUCCAGCACUGAGACACCCUCGACUGCCGACGCCGAUGCCACCGAGGCUCUAUCGACCACUACAGCCCUAUCGACCACGGAGGAGCAGUCGACUACUGUCUUUGAGUCGACAACAUCGGCUGGAACUACCACGGCAGCGGCAACGACGACCACGGAGGCCGGAUGUACAGUUGCUUGUACCCAUGUCAUCGGAAAGAGCGGCGCUUGUCAAAUCAUGGAAUAUCGACGAGUCUUGGCAUAUCGGUUCACCCACUGUAGCUGA